UCCUAGCCCGGGGGAUCCUGGGACUAGUCCUUUCCGGAACUGCUCGGUUGCAGUCUGGGAUUAGGCUGGUGUUCCAGGCCCAGGCCCAGGCCCAGGCCCAGCGCGGGUGUUCCAGACCCUUGCUGGAAGGUAAGCUGCUGGCCGCGGCGACGCUGCUAACAGCGGAGGGCGCAGCUGGACGCGCACUGAGGGACCGGGCCUCAUCACGGAGCGAGCCACGGAGCUGCGGGACGUAGGGGCGCCUCCUCCUUGGCCCGGAGCAGCGGCAGGAGCGGCAGCACAGGCCGGACGAGGUGAACCGGGUCAUUUAACUGCCUUCAGGUGAUGAGUCAACAACCUAAUAAGCUGAUUUGAGGCCCGCAGGCCUUUGUGGACAGUUUUCAGUGCAAGACUGGUGUAUCUAGAGUGACUGCCCUUAAGAAAAGUGAGCUCUUUUGCUUUUUGGACAACCUUUCCUGUGAAACGUUCGGGUCCGAAUUUCUUUCCCUGUCAAGAGGAAGGCUUUCACAUGAAAGUGUCUCUUGGUAACGGCGAUAUGGGCGUCUCUGCCCACUUGCAGCCUUGCAAGGCUGGAACCACACGAUUUUUUACUAGCAAUACUCACAGUUCGGUGGUACUGCAAGGCUUUGAUCAGCUAAGAAUAGAAGGAUUGCUUUGUGACGUGACCCUAGUACCGGGUGAUGGAGAUGAAAUUUUCCCUGUUCACCGAGCGAUGAUGGCGUCUGCCAGUGAUUAUUUCAAGGCUAUGUUCACAGGUGGAAUGAAAGAACAAGAUUUAAUGUGCAUUAAGCUUCAUGGGGUGAACAAAGUUGGUCUGAAGAAAAUUAUUGACUUUAUAUAUACUGCCAAACUUUCUCUAAAUAUGGACAAUCUUCAGGACACACUUGAAGCUGCCAGCUUUUUACAAAUUUUGCCUGUUUUGGAUUUCUGCAAAGUAUUUCUUAUAUCAGGAGUCUCUUUGGAUAACUGUGUUGAGGUUGGACGAAUUGCUAACACCUAUAAUCUUAUAGAAGUGGAUAAAUACGUUAAUAAUUUCAUCCUGAAGAAUUUUCCUGCUUUAUUGAGUACUGGGGAAUUUCUAAAACUUCCUUUUGAACGGCUUGCCUUUGUGCUUUCCAGUAAUAGUCUUAAGCAUUGUACUGAACUUGAACUGUUCAAGGCUGCCUGCCGCUGGCUGAGGUUGGAAGAUCCUCGGAUGGAUUAUGCCGCAAAAUUAAUGAAGAAUAUUCGAUUUCCACUGAUGACACCACAGGACCUCAUCAAUUAUGUGCAGACAGUCGAUUUCAUGAGAACAGAUAAUACCUGUGUGAAUUUGCUUUUGGAAGCUAGCAAUUACCAAAUGAUGCCUUAUAUGCAGCCAGUGAUGCAGUCAGAUAGAACUGCCAUUCGAUCUGAUUCUACUCACUUGGUUACAUUAGGAGGGGUUUUGAGGCAGCAGCUGGUUGUUAGUAAAGAAUUAAGGAUGUAUGAUGAAAGAGCUCAAGAGUGGAGAUCCUUAGCUCCUAUGGAUGCUCCUCGUUACCAGCAUGGAAUUGCUGUCAUUGGAAACUUUCUUUAUGUAGUUGGUGGUCAAAGUAAUUAUGAUACAAAAGGAAAAACUGCAGUUGAUACAGUUUUCAGAUUUGACCCUCGGUAUAAUAAAUGGAUGCAGGUAGCAUCGUUAAAUGAAAAGCGUACAUUCUUCCACUUGAGUGCCCUCAAAGGACAUUUAUAUGCAGUUGGUGGGCGCAGUGCAGCUGGUGAACUGGCUACAGUAGAAUGUUACAAUCCAAGAAUGAAUGAAUGGAGCUAUGUUGCAAAAAUGAGUGAACCCCACUAUGGCCAUGCAGGAACAGUGUAUGGAGGCUUAAUGUAUAUUUCAGGAGGGAUUACCCAUGAUACUUUCCAAAAUGAGCUCAUGUGUUUUGAUCCGGAUACAGACAAAUGGACACAGAAGGCUCCAAUGACUACAGUCAGAGGUCUGCAUUGCAUGUGUACAGUUGGAGACAAGCUCUAUGUCAUUGGUGGCAACCAUUUCAGAGGAACGAGUGAUUAUGAUGAUGUUCUAAGCUGUGAAUACUAUUCACCAACCCUUGACCAAUGGACACCAAUUGCUGCUAUGUUAAGAGGUCAGAGUGAUGUUGGAGUUGCUGUUUUUGAAAACAAAAUUUAUGUUGUUGGUGGAUAUUCAUGGAAUAAUCGUUGUAUGGUAGAAAUUGUCCAGAAGUAUGACCCAGAAAAAGAUGAGUGGCAUAAAGUUUUUGAUCUUCCAGAGUCACUUGGUGGCAUUCGAGCUUGUACCCUCACUGUUUUUCCACCUGAAGAAAACCCUGGGUCACCUUCUAGAGAAUCACCUCUUUCAGCACCUUCAGAUCAUUCUUAGGUCUGAGCUGUUUAUAUCUUUGAAGUACAGUCAUGGAUAAUUUCAUACUUUCAGUUGUAUCUUAAAAUGAUUGAUAACGCAUAAAAAGGUAACAUGUUAUUUGUCUUGUUUGGCUUAGUAUGUUUAUCAAAUGGUUAACAAGUGCAUUGUGAAAAUGUAUUGAACAUAUCUAGCUAUUUUAACAUGAAAAGAGAUGUAGAAAAAAAUGUUUAGAUAUCUUUUUGUGGUGUUAUAUAGUCGAAUUGUAGGUGACUGUAGUAAAUGCAUAAUUAUGUCCAUUAUGCUUCAAAGCUGAAAAUUUUUAUCUGAAUGAAAAGUAUCAAUGGAGGCCACCUGCUCUAAUCUGAAAAAAUAAAAGGGUCAAGUAUUACUAGCUGCCUCCCUCCUUGCAUAGAGUGUUAGACAUAUCUGUCAGCUAUUUUAAUUGUGUGACUGCACUCAGAAUAUAUGAAGUUUAACAUAAUAACCUAAAGCCAGGAUUUGGAAUCUCUAAAGGAAAAAAAAAAUAUGUACACAGUACAAAUACAUAUGCACACACAUGCAUGUGUAAACUUUUGAAAUUGAUUAGCAUUCGAACUACAGUAAAAUGUUUAACUUUUAGCUUACACAGAACAGCUGUUUCUAUUUAAAUGCAAAUUCAGUAUCAAAAAUAAAUGUGUAGAAUUUAGAUAGCUAAAGGCUACAGACAAGUAGAUUUGUUAUUUGACUAAAUUGUUACUUCAGAUGAAGCUUAAUAUUACUUUUUCUGCUUGUAUGUUUUUUGUAGUGUUGUUUUUGUACAGAAUAGCAAAGUUGAAAUUUCAGAAUUAUUUUUGUUCUGUGAAUAUAAUUUUGCUUUUCUUGACCUUUUUGUUGAGCAACAUUUAUGAUAUGAAAAAGGCAAAUAAAUAUUGUGAACAAAGAUACAGGUUUUUAAGUUCAGUCUCCCAAUUUAGACAUUUUGACAUGAUUAUUUUGUAUUUGGGGUUGAUUGCCCUGGUGCUGCUCUAGCCCAUGUACAUCCUGAGCUAUGUAAUCUGCCUCAAGGCUAUGAUUUGAGCAAGCAGGAGAUAUACUCUGUCCUGCAUCAAAUCAGAAAAUGUCCUUUCAGUCUUGUCUCUAGGACAGGACUGACUAGAUUUCCUAAAAAGCCAGCUGCAGAAGGGUUAGAACAGUUUUGCCUUGCAGGCAGUACUAAAAUAGAUCAUCAGCUUCUUCAACACCUAGGGAUGAGAAUUAAUUACAUGGGUGAAAUUUUUAUAUCAACCUUACUAGCAAAUGGCAAUUAUAGGAGUCCUCUGUAAUGAGCAGUUCUGAAAAGAUGCUUUCCUGGAGUCUGCCUGAAGAAAAAAAAUGCAUAAAUGUAUAUCCCUGUAUCUGGGAAAUUAUCAAGAGUUUAAGUAAGGAGCUAUCUCCUUAUCCACGAUCCCAUAAUAAAACUCAGGAACAGGCAAAAGGAAUUAGUUUCUAGGGAUCUGAACCUUACAGCCCAUACGAGUGUUGAUGUAUUUUAAUGUUUUUUAUGAUUUCUACAUUGGCAGAAAUUUUCACACUUUACUUUUUUAAUUAUUCAGUUUUUUAUUACUAAAGAAUAGUACAUUUGAGUACAUUUAUAAAAUGGAAAAAUAGAAAUUGCUAUUGUCUAUUGAAUAAGCAAGAAAUGACAUUCCAACCAUUCUUUGAUUAUUAACGAGACUAAAUAUUUGUGUAUUUUGGAUAGCUGUGUUUCUUCCUUGAUCAAGUGUUCAUGCCCUUUACCCUUGUGAUACCUAUUGGAGUUACUU